AUGCCAACUUUAGAAGAAUUAAGUAAACAAUGUAUAUCUGUUUGUCAAGUUCCUGUCGAUGUUUCACGAGAGUUCAUAGUAGAACACAUUAAACGGCAGUUUCAGGGAGGCGGGAUUGUGGACACUGACAGAGUCGACGGAAUCGAAAGUGGCCAUCAUUUAACUCGACUAGUUCUUCUUUGUACAGCAUUGGAAGAUGUUGAUCACAUGUGUAAAGAAGUGAAAGAGGAAGAAAUAGACCUUGAAGGAAAAAGAUUUACUGUGAAAUAUCAGACAUCUGUUGCAUGUGAACUGCCAGAGAGGUGGGAACAUUAUCAGAUACAAGAACAAGGUAGUAAGCAAGACCCACAGCAUACAGGAGGCCCAGAACCACCAAAAUUACAACAGAUACCAGUACCAGGUCAUCAAAAUUCACAACAGUAUGCUUGGCCUUCUGGCCCCUAUGGAGCAGUGUCAGGAUUUUAUCAUAAUAUUCCUGGUAGUGGGGAUCCAAAUAUGAAUCAAGGUGGUAUGCAGGGUCAUUUUCCAGGUCAACAACCUAUGCCUGGUAAUGAGCAACAGCAAGGUCAUGGUCCACAACAAGGUCAUGCACCACAUGGUCCUCAACAAGGUCAUGCACCACAUCCUGGUCAAGGUCAUGAUCCACUGAGAGGUCAAGGUCAUGGUCAAGGGAUGAGAUUUCCAUUUGGACCUGGUGGACCUGGACAGAUGCCUCAUGGUUUUCCUCCUGGGUGGACAUAA